GUUGGCAUUCCUAAGAUCAAUGUUUUUAAAGAAACGUCUAAAAUGGAGGAACCAACGCAGUUGCUACAAUUUUUAAUGUGUUUAUUUCUUUUUAACUGGAAUUCGUUUGGGUCUGCUACCGAACUUGAUGAUUAUAGUGAUAGACCAGAAUUUAAAAUAGAAGGAAAGGUUUUUGUAGCAUCAAAAGAUAAAGAGUGGACGUACAAUUCCAGAGUUGUAGUUGAUGGGGGUGAAUAUUUGGGUUUUGUCAGGACUGAUGGUUCAUUUGUUGUCCAUGGCGUCCCAUCAGGCUCGUACAUUGUUGAAGUGAUCAAUCCUAACUAUCUCUUUGAAGCAAUUAGGGUAGAUAUCACCUCCAAAGGAAAGAUAAGAGCUCGACGAGUAAAUUUUUUACAGCCCAGCAAUGUAAAAACUGUAAACUAUCCUCUAGAGUUCAGGGAACGUGGUCAGCCGAAUUACUUUCAAAAGAGAGAGCAGUGGCGGUUAACAGAUUUCUUAUUUAAUCCAAUGGUAUUAACAAUGAUUGUGCCUCUGCUUUUAAUAAUGGUGCUACCUAAGUUAAUGAAUGCUGCAGAUCCAGACACACAGAAGGAAAUGCAGAAUCAAAUGAAUGCCUUAAAUAAAGGUCCUAGUCUUCCUGAUGCUUCAGAGUUAAUGUCCUCUUGGUUUUCUGGGGGCUCCUCAAAGAAGGCUGUGAAACCAAAAGCAUCAGCGUCUAGCAAGCGGAAAUAACAGUUUGAAUGGGAACGCUGUAUUGUGUGAAAGCAUGCAUGUAAUAGGUGGACAUGAAUGGAUGUCUGUUAACUUAACUUGUAUGGAGUGUAUUGGAUGUUUGGUUUUGUUCUGACUAGUGUGAUACAUUCUCUCCUAGUACUUUUCAAUCUUUCUGUUCUCAUUUAUGUAAUCGGGUUAUUUUUUUUUUUAGUGUUUUAAUCACUCUGUUUUUUAUUUUUAAUCUUUGCCUUUCUUGAGUGUAUUUUUUAGAUAAGAGUAAUUAUGUCCAUGUAAAAUACUGUCUCUUUACACAUGAUGAAGAUUUUGUCUGCUUUUCUUUUACUGAUAUAAAAAAACAUUUAUAAUUUGAGCGAGUUCUCUACAAAAUAUUUUUACAAUGUAAUUUUUUAAGAUUAUCCCUUUAGUAUUAGUCGUAAUUCUAAAAUACCAUUACAGUCAGAAGUCUGUUGAUUUUGUUUCUUUUGAAGAUUUUUUUUUUAUUGGGAGUCAAAUCCUAAAAUUUAAUAUCACUUUGUAUUAUUUAUAUUAGUUCUUUUUAUUGACUUUAAGAUUAACAUUAUUCACAUUGUGUACACAACAAAUUGAAUUAGUUUUAUCUAAUAACUCCCUUGGUAUGAAACCUAUUGUGAUAACAAUAUUUCAUGUGUCUGUCAUUUCCAAAUAGAACUUAAAAAAAAAAAACCUGAUUGGCCUGACACAUUCCUGCAGAUAUUUUAUGGUAUUAUUAAUGCAGUUCCAAAAAACUUUCCAAUGACUUGACUUUGUGUCCUGGCUUCAUGCUACAUUGACCUAUGAGCGAUGGUGAAACUAUUCCAUUAAUUUUCUAUAAAUCAGUUUGAGCACUUUGUACACACAUUGUUUGUUUACAACAUAAUUCAAUAUUUCAUACACACUUUGUGUACAUUCUUGAACACGUUUGUGUUUGGUAUAGUUUCCUGUGGGCAGACCUUUUUACAUAGUAGAAAUAAAUCCAACAUUUAUUUUCCUGUUGUACUUUCAUGUGUCUAGUGUCACUAAUAAUUUAGGUGAAUUAAAAGAGAAACUUGUUUCUUUGGCCAAAACAUGAUGAUAUUGUGACCAGCACAGCUAUAAUUGGCCAACAGGUAUCUGCUAAAGCUAGAUGGACUCAUAGAUAAAGGGUUUGUUUAGAAAUCUCCAAGUCUCUCUAGAUUAGGGGAUACAAAUUCAGUUUGUAACUGGUGAUACUUUCACACUGUAUGUUGUUCUACAAAGUCAAAUAAAUAAAUACAUUGAGAACAUU